AUGCCACAGUCAAAACGCAGAGCUAGUUUCACCGUAAGAGGCCCUGCACAUUGGCCUUGUGAUUAUCCCGGAGGGCCAACAAUUUUCGGAAGAUCUGAAUUCACUAGUCGAUUGAGUUGGCGUGGAAGAAACGAUGCUUAUGAUUAUGGAGUCGAAAUUGGUGAAAUGUAUAAAGAGAAGUUUAAUAUAGAACAAUGGAACAAAACUAAAUACUUGAGCUUAGCUAGUGGUUCUCCCAGAACUCAGCAAGCUGCAUUAGUUUUAGCAGCCGGAUUGGAAAAUAAGAGGUACAAAAAAGAUCGUAUAUGGUCCUUAGAAAAAAAGAAGACUACUCAAUUUCCAGCAAUGCAGGAGUAUCUCAAAUUUUAUAGCAAAGAACAAUGCCCAAGAUUUUUACAAGAAGUUGAAAAGAAUUAUCCUAAAACAAAUCGUGGAUCAGACGUCCUAAAAGCUAUAGUCAUUCUGAAGAAAAAAUUGACACGAAAAACAACUUCUAUCAGAACUCCAGAAGAUAUCUGGCUAGCAUACGAAUCGUUAUAUAAUGUGUUUUAUUCAUAUGGAAAAAGAUAUCAUAAUAAAAUGAAGUAUUGGAGACAAAUUCGAAACGAACUUAAAAAAUAUACACAACAAUUUAUGUGGUCUUCUUUGACAUCAGAUGAUACCCUCAGGAAAUUAGCUUCAGGUCCUAUAGUUUUUGAUGUUUUGCGAGAUAUCAACUACAUAAGGGGUAAUCAUUCAGAAAAAAAUAAUCUGGUACCAAAAGAUAAUAAACCGGCACCAGAAAAUAAUGAGAUGGCACCAAAAAAUAAUGAACGUGUGUUAUCAAUACUUACGGUUCCACAAGGAGUAUUUGCAGCUUUAGUAACAGGAUUUGCCCCAAAUGGUACGACACUAGACGGAAAAUUAUUUGAUGCUGAUGAUUUGUAUCCAGAGCAUGGUGCAAUGCACAUAAUUGAACUGUAUCAUGUAAAUGAUGAUAAAUGGCAAGUCAAGAUACUUUACAGAAAUAAGAAGGAUGAUUGUUUAAAACCCUUGCGCCUGCCAGGAUGCAAUAGAAACGAAAAGCUGCGGCCAAAUUUUUGUACUCUGAAGCAAUUGAAGGAUGCAGUGAAUGGAACUUCUUUAGGACCAAUAAAACAUAAAAAGCUCUGCAUGCAAGAAAGUGCUUUAGAAUGA